UUUUAUAUUACAAAUUAGUUUUUUUUAGGCGCUUCGUCAAAGAAGGCGGUCGCUCCCACUUCCCUUCCCCUCCUCUUCUUCUCUCUCGCCCUCCGCUCCCUCCGGCGGUGGUGGAGAUCGUGGGAAUGGGAGGAGAGGAGGAUCGUCCACGGCGGAGGACGAGAUCCGAGUUCGUAUAGCUUCCGGUUAGGUUUUCUGUUCGUCUUGGAUUGGUUUGCGGGAAGGAGAUGGGGAGGCGAUUAGAGCUCGUGGUGGUGGUGGUGGUGGUGGUGGUGGCGGUGUUGGUGGCGGCGGCGGAGGGGAAGAGGCGGCCACAUGCGUACGCGGCGAUGAUGUACAUGGGAACUUCGAGGGACUACGAGUUCUACGUCGCGACGCGGGUGAUGAUGCGAUCGCUGGUCAAGCUUCGCGUCGAUGCCGACCUCGUCGUCAUCGCCUCCUCCGACGUCCCAAUCCCAUGGAUCCAAUCCCUGAAAGAGGAUGGGGUGAAAGUGGUUACGGUGGAGAACUUGAAGAACCCAUAUGAGAAGCAGGACAACUUCAAUACCAGGUUUAAGUUGACACUGAACAAGCUUUAUGCAUGGAGCCUAGUGGCAUAUGACCGGGUUGUCAUGCUUGACUCCGACAACCUCUUCCUUCAAAGAACCGAUGAGCUCUUCCAAUGUGGUCAGUUCUGUGCUGUCUUCAUUAACCCCUGCAUCUUCCACACUGGGCUCUUUGUUCUUCAGCCUUCAAUGGAGGUCUUCAGAAGCAUGCUUCAUGAAUUGGAAAUUGGACGACAAAAUCGAGAUGGUGCAGAUCAGGGCUUCCUCACCAGCUACUUCCCAGAUUUGCUUGACCGUCCAAUGUUUCAUCCUCCUUCCAAUGGUUCCAACCUAGGCGGCAUAUAUCGCCUUCCUUUGGGAUACCAGAUGGAUGCUUCCUACUACUAUCUCAAGCUUCGUUGGAGCAUACCAUGUGGACCGAACAGUGUAAUUACUUUUCCUAGUGCACUAUGGUUGAAGCCAUGGUAUUGGUGGUCUUGGCCAGUCCUUCCUUUAGGCUUUUCAUGGCACGAGCAACGUCGAAAAACUCUUGGGUACAGUUCAGAGUUACCAGUGAUUCUGAUCCAGUCUGUAUUGUAUCUUGGGGUCAUGGCAGGUGCCCGGAUGGCACGGCCCAGUUUGUCGAAGCUGUGUUACAACCGGCGAGCUGAGAAGAGGAGCUUCACCUUCUCACACACCAUGAUCAAGGUGGCUGUUUUAUGGUGCAUAUUAGCAGCAUAUACCAUUCCAUUCUUCCUGAUCCCUUGUACGGUGCACCCACUUUUAGGCUGGUCUCUCUACUUGUUUGGCUCAUCAGCUCUAGCUUCCAUAGUAAUCAAUCUCUUCAUGCUCCCACCAUUCCCUGUCCUCACACCUUGGGUGGGAAUCUUUGGUGCUCUCUUUGUGAUGGCAUUCCCUUGGUAUUCUGAUGGUAUUGUCAGGGCCUUGUCAUUGUUUGCCUAUGCCUUCUGCUGCGCCCCAGUUGUUUGGGGGUCAUUGAUGAGGGUGUUGGGUUCCUUGCAGCUCCUGCUGGAAAGGGAGGCUUUUUUUCCGAAGCUAGGAGAGCUGACGUUGCCACCACGACUCAGCAAGUUCUAUUAAGAGAGGAGAGCUAUUAUUCAUGAAAUGAAAAAAUAUGAUCCUCUAAUCUUAUUCAUCCUGACAAUUCUAGCCAUUCUUGCAUAUCAGCUGUGUUUUCGGUUAGAACUGUUGUUGUAUUAGUGCUGCUAGAUAGGAGGGCACUUGGAGGGGCAUUAUUUCCAUUUAUUUAUUUGUUCCCCUGUUGAUCUGUUGACUUUGGAGUAGGUUGUUGGAUCGAUCUAGGCUGUAAAUUAACAUUUUUCUAUAAUAUGUUGCUUCCUUUUUUUUUGAUAAA